AUCGACGCUCAGACUUCGUUGGGUGCUGAACUCGUACGCUGAGAGAACUCGUCUACUGAUUUCGACAUGCCACCGAAAGCCAGUGGUAAGGCGGUGAAGAAGGCCGGCAAGGCUCAGAAGAACAUUAGCAAGACCGACAAGAAGAAGAAGCGUAAGAGGAAGGAGAGCUAUGCUAUCUACAUCUACAAGGUGUUGAAACAAGUGCAUCCCGACACCGGAAUCUCCAGCAAAGCCAUGAGCAUCAUGAACAGUUUCGUUAACGAUGUGUUCGAGAGAAUCGCCGCCGAGGCAUCGAGACUGGCUCACUAUAACAAGAGAUCGACGAUCACGUCCCGUGAGAUACAAACUGCAGUGAGACUUCUUUUACCCGGAGAAUUGGCUAAGCACGCGGUCAGUGAGGGAACUAAAGCAGUGACCAAAUACACCAGCUCCAAGUAAAGCAACAAUUAAUACACGUUGCAUCCGUAUAUAUCGGCCCUUUUCAGGGCCAA